CUCUUCCCAAACCCUGCCCAUUUUUAUACAUGUUCCUCCUUUUUUCCCCUUUUCUCCCGUUGCUGUCUAACUGGCUAUGUGACACUCUUCCUGCUGUUUGUGAGGCACGAUUUGGAAGGAGAGAAAUCUGUCAUUACGGUCUAGCCGCUAGAGGAAGUCACCACCUCUGGGCUCUUGGAAAGCAAAAUUAAACCCUUCAAGUAUGCUUACCUAGAACAGAGAAGACCAUGGAUUGGAUGUUCCACUAGGAGUGUAUUGAACAGUGCUGGAUGGUUGCAAUUAGGAGAAUCACUACAGUGUUUGCAUGGAGUGCUAAAUUUGUGGGAUUAGAUUGCUGGAUAAAAAAGAUUUGCUGGAUAUUUAUUAAAAAAAGUUAUUCCACGGUGUGAAAGCUCAAGAUAAAGUCAGGAUGGACGCUAAAAGGAAAGAGAUGGACCUUUUGAGUAACAGCAUUGCUGCCUAUGCUCACAUAAAAGAUAAUCCUGAGAAAUUUGGCCUGUACUUUGUCAUUGGUGUGUGUUUUGGCCUGGUGCUUACCCUUUGUCUGUUAGUAAUACGAAUUUCCUGCAAACCUCGCACUAUGCCUGCACCACCCACUCCAGAGAGAAAACAGCUGAAGGACUUUUGUGAAGAUGAUGAAGAUGAAGAUAGUGAUGAGGAGGAGGAGGAGGAGGACGAAGACGAAGAGAAUGAGGACAAAGUAGGAAAUGUGGAGGCUACAAUUACCAACUGCAGCACAGAGAUCCCCAUGACCAACCACCAUAGCACAUUGGAUGGAAAUGUGAAUGUUUUUACCUCAGCAGAGGAGCUUGAACGAGCCCAACGUUUAGAGGAGAGAGAGAGGAUCAUCAGGGAGAUCUGGAGAAAUGGACAACCAGACAUCCUGGGCACAGGAACCAGCACAAUUGGACGGAUGCAUUACUAUUAACAUUUAUUAAUAAUGAAUGUGGUCCUAGCACAAGACUUUUAAGGAAAAUCUUGGACUCUAAUGUAUUUAGAGUGUUCAAGUCCACAAUGCAAAUAAGUGGCAAGCACACUUACUCCACAAGAGCAUAUUUUGGUGCUUUCUGAUCUCUCACUCUCUCCCUCUCUCUCUCUCUCUCUCUCUCUGUCUCUCUUUCUCUCUCUGUAUAUAUAUAUAUAUAUAUAU